GAGAGUGGGGGGGGGGUCGGCAGAGAGGGCCUCUCUCGGUGGGUCACUCGGUGGGGCCGCGCUCAGGGAGCUACUUCCAACGUCAUGGUUAAGGUCGCUAAGCGAAGGAAGCAUGCGGCCGCCGCCGCGGCCCCCAGCAAAGCUCCGGUCCCCGCCGCCGCCGCCGUCGCCGCCGCUUCCGUGCGGAGCAACCCCUUUGAGGUGAAGGUGAACAGGCAGAAGUUCCACAUCUUAGGCAGGAAAACGAAGCACGAUGUAGGGUUGCCAGGAGUUAUGCGCUCUAAAGCGCACAAGAAGCGUACUCAAACUUUGCUAAAAGAAUACAAAGAAAAGGAAAAAUCCAAUGUAUUUAAAGAUAAACGUUUUGGUGAAUAUGAUACCAAAAUAAGUCCAGAGGAAAAAAUGAUGAAGAGGUUUGCCUUGGAACAACAGAAAAAAUAUGAAAAGAAAGACAUAUAUAAUCUCAAUGAAGAGGAAGACUUAACCCACUAUGGUCAUUCUUUAGCAAACAUAGAAAAAUUUGACGAUAUUGUCAAUAGUGAUAGCGAUACUGAAGAAAGAGGAAUACUGUCAGCGGACUUAACAGCCACUCACUUUGGGGGUGGUGGCCUUCUUCGUAAGAAAACAUCUAUAGAACAGCAAGAUGAGGAGAAUAAAAAAAAGUCAAGGAAGGAGCUUAUUGAAGAACUGAUUGCAAAAUCCAAACAGGAAAAGAGAGAGAGGCAGACACAGAGAGAGAAUACAGAAGAACUUACAGAAAAACUUAAUACUGAAUGGAAAGAAAUUCAAGAGCUUUUGUUCCAUAAGACGUCCAAGUCACAGACACAAAAUCAAAUGGAGGAAAAGCCCAAGCCCGAUGAAUAUGAUAUAAUUGUCAGAGAGCUUGGCUUCGAGAUGAAGGUACUGCCUUCUAAUAGGAUGAAAACUGAAGAAGAGUUGGCAAAAGAGGAACAAGAGAGACUUCAACAACUAGAGGCUGACCGAAUACGUCGAAUGCAUGGAAAAGACGAACCAGAAGUCAAAAAGAGUGGCAAGCACAUAUCCGCUGAUGAUUUGGCAGAUGGGUUCCUCCUUGAUAAAGAUGACAGACAUUUCCUUUCUUACAAAGUACUUUUUUGUCAGAACUUUCAACCAUAUUAUGUGAAAGUUUACCAGAUGUUUUUCUUUAUUACAAUAGCUCCAGAAUCUUAUGAGCAACUGAAGGCAUUGUUGUUGGAAAGAUCAAUAGAUGAGCAGCUUCUUGUGAUAGAGAGAAUUCAGAAAUCCAAUCAUCCAAGCCUUGCAGUUGGAAACAAAGCUAAGUUAGAGAAACUGUUUGAAUUCCUUCUGGAAUAUGUUGGGGAACUGGCACGUAAGGAGCCACCAGACCUGAAAACAAUAGACAAGUUGAUCCCGACCUUAUAUGAUCUUUGCCAGAUGUUCCCUAAAGCGGCAGCUGAUAAUAUUAAAUUCAUCCUUCAAGAUGCUGUUCAUGAAAUGGAAAAAAUUCAAGAAGUGAAAAGUCAUGCUUUAUUUCCAGGAUUAGAUAUGCUCAUAUAUUUGAAAAUUAUUGCACUACUUUUUCCAACGUCUGAUUUCUGGCAUCCAGUGGUAACACCAUCAUUGGUUUAUAUGAGCCAGCUACUUACAAAGUGCCCAGUAACAACAGUUCAAGAUGUUAUGAAAGGAUUAUUUAUUUGCUGUCUCUUCCUGGAAUACAUAUCGCUGUCUCAAAGAUUUGUCCCAGAGCUUCUCAAUUUUCUCCUGAAAAUUCUUCAUAUGGCUACACCUAAGAAAGAAGUACAAGGGCUUACUUUGGUACAUCCUUUUGCGUCACUAGGAAAACAGUCAGACGUGCUUGUGGUCUGUGAUAAAGCAGACAUAGAGACCUGGCAAAAGCAACGUUUUUCACUCCACAUUAUGACAAGCUCAACAGAAAAUAACAGAACAGAAGUAAAUCAUCUUCGGUUAUCUUGCCUAAGCUUGUGCCUAGAGCUGGUUAAAAAAUGUGCAGUUCUGUAUGGAUCACUCUCAUCUUUCCUUGAAAUAGUGCAGCCAUUUAUAAAGCUCCUUAGUACAGACGUAUCGCUGAUGUACCCUCCACAACUGCAGGAGCUGUGUGAAAAUGUUUUAAAGCAGCUGAAAGCCCAAGGGCAGUACUGUCCACUGGUGUGUGAAAAGAAAAAACCUGUGCCUUUGAAGCUGUUCACACCAAAAAUAGUGAAAGUCCUCGAAUUUGGAAGAAAACAAGAAAGUAAUAAGAAAGAGCAGGAAAGAAAACGUCUGAUUCAUAAACACAAACGUGAACUUAAAGGAGCUGUUCGUGAGAUUCGCAAAGAUAACCAAUUUCUUGCCAGAAUGCAGCUUGCAGAAAUCAUAGACAGGGAUUCGGAAAGAAAAAGAAAAGUGAAACAGCUGUUCAGGAGCCUUGCUGAGCAGGAAGGAGAUUGGAAGGCAAUGAAGAAAAAGAAGUUUUAAAUAAUGUACGUAUGUUGUAUAGAAGACAGCAAUAGAUACUUGUAUUUCUAAUAUAAUUUGGAAUAUAUUUGUAACAUGAAUCUUAUAUGGUUACAGUAUUUCUUGGAAAAGCAAACAAAGUGGAUGUAUAUGUAUGGGAAUAACCAUAUUGUAAAUAAAAUAUUCAAUUGUCUUUGGCAUACUUUUAAAAAGUUAGUGUUUGCCUCAGUUCAUCAGAUCUGAGUAUCUCUGAUACCAGCCUGCACAAAGUCGCAUGCAACAGCCAACUACCACAGCGGAUUCAAACAGUGAAGCAAUCACAAGCAGUGUGGGCAUUUUCAUUCCUUUAAUUGGUUAAGUGCUGCCUAAUUAAAACCAGCUGAAAACAUUAACAUUUAUAUAUGUUGUCCCCUUUAUUCAAAGUACAGCAAAAUAAAUAUCUAGUGGAUUCCGCUCUCAGUUCAAUAAAUUCUGUGACCCAAC